CACGCAUUGAACCGACAAUCAGUAUGGACAAAUUACAAUCAGCGAUGGGUUCAAUGGAGGUGAAGGAUUUGGGGGACAGACCGUCCUCCAGGUCAAGUGGUUGCAGCAUAGUCCUCGAGGAAUUUGAGGACCUAGUUUCCGUAAACCUCAAGCCGAAGUUCAAAGAGAAAUAUCCGGCAAAGCCACACGCCCAGUUGGUGGCCCAGAAGCUCCGAGUCAAAUCUGGCCUAAUUUACCUUCCCGGCCUUCGGGAGGAAAGUUAUGAAGAUUCAGACAUGCCCGUCCAUUGGCGCCAGCGUCGAUAUUUCUAUUACAUGAGCGGCAUAAAUUUUCCUGGAUCUGUUGUCACUUAUGACAUUCAUCGAGAUUCGCUUUAUGCAUGGAUUCCACCGCCAAACACUGGAAGCCUCGUCAUCUUCAACGGACAAGUACCGAGUAUCAAAGAGGUCAAAGCUGAAUAUGACUUCGAUGAUGUACGGUACAUCACUACUUUGGGUGACUACUUGACCAAAUUCGUUCACUACAAUCAAAGAGAUAAGAUCUAUCAGCUUCAUCAUUAUCAAACACCCAAAAAUGUGGCACGAGAAGCGAUUUUGAUCGAUGGCAGACGGUCUUACUUGCGAGAAUUCCCUUUUGAGUUCACAAAGUUGAAGCCGGCCAUGAACGCUGCACGAGCUAUCAAGGAUCCUUACGAAAUCAGGAUGAUUCGAAAAGCGAAUGCGAUUAGUGCCGAAGCUCACAUCAAUGUCCUGAAAGGGAUCAGAUACUUCGAUAACGAAGCUGAAAUUGAAGCAAUCUUCAUGGCGACCUGCGUUUCCGAACAGGCCAAGGAACAACCUUAUGGUAUAAUCGCCGGAUCUGGGCCAAAUGCAAGUAUUUUGCAUUACGUUGCGAAUAAUGAGCCACUGAAGGGACGACAACUUGUUUGCCUUGAUGCAGGAGCCGAAUGGAAAUGUUAUGCUUCCGAUGUCACCAGGACCUUUCCCAUCUCUGGUCAGUUCAGUUCUGAGGCAAAGGAAAUAUACGACUUGGUUGCAGAGAUGCAAGAAACCUGUAUCGCAAUGAUCAAACCUGGUGUUGACUUUGGGACUAUCGUGAUAAAUGCAGUCAAAGUCGCUAUUGAAGGGCUCGUAAAACUGUGCCUCCUGCAAAACGGAAGCUCGGAGGAACUCUUGCUGUCUGGUGCUUGGCGAGCUUUCUUCCCCCAUGGUCUUGGGCAUCAUGUUGGACUCGAGGUUCACGAUGUUGGGGAUGGAAGUGACCGACUCAAUCUCCUCUCCGGGCAAAAGUCGGUCAAUCCUUGGAUCUCGGCUUAUUUGAAGGAAGACUUGGAUCCUAUCAUGUCUACUGGGACGACUCUCUUGCCGAAUAUGGUGAUCACCAUCGAGCCCGGAAUCUACUUCUCUCGAUAUGCCUUAGAAGAUCUCUUCUUGAAGGAUACUCGGUAUGCGAAAUUCAUCAACAAGGACUUGCUCGACAAGUACUAUCCUAUUGGUGGUGUGAGAAUUGAGGAUGAUAUUCUUGUCACCGAGGACGGCUAUGAGAAUCUGACUACGGCCCCGAAAGGCGACGAAGCUCUGAAGAUCAUCAAUGAAUACAAGGAGACGAUAGCGGAGAAGAAACAGAAGAAGGGUUGGCUCUGGUAAGUUCCGCGGUUUCUGUGAGAUUAUUAUAGAGGCUCGCUAGCCAGGGCGUGGGAUAUAAUUCGCAACCCACCACAGCACAGCAGUCAAUAUGGAUUUUCGACUUCGCAAUCACUUCUUUUUAUAUAGGGCAAGAAAACUCUUCUUCAAGCCAUCAGGCUUCCUUGCGGC